UUCGCUCUCGCAUACAGACCUACCUCUGUCAUCAAUGGGUUAUGGAGCGGUCCAUUGCAAGCGAAGGGUGAGUGCGUCGAGGAAUUCCUUUCGAAAAUUCCCCGAUUUCGCGUGGCGCGAGUGCGGGUGUGCCGUAAUUAGAGUAAUUGCGAGGAUUUGUGGCGAAUUUUAAGACCGAAGUGUCCAGUUACGGAUUGCAACAGUGUUAAAACAAGAGGAAUCCGUCGCGUCUCCCCCUUGUAGUAAGAAUCGAAUGUUCCUCGCACGUAGUGCAGCUGACUACACGUACAAUGAGUAGUAUAGUACGGUCCGGUCGUUGAAAAGUAAUCGUUGAGGUUUUCCGGGAAAUGUCCGAUAAAUAUUUUUGUAUAACUUAGCGUAAGUUAUAAGCAUGUUUUUGUAUCGAAAAGGUGUUUAGAUUCUUUAUUAGUUGAUUAAAAAUCGGUAAUUGUGGCGGCGAAACCAGAACUGAAGUAUCCUCGAAAACGAAAUAUGCUAAAGUUUCUUACGCAUAAGCUGCGAACGCAUUCAAUCAAUGAGGACAAUUUCACGGAAAAGGCUGAUGAGGAUCACGAUUCUGGAACGGAGUCCGACGACGAGAUAGAAGAUUCUGAAUUGUCGGGACCAGUAAUGUCAGAACGUAUGUGCAGCGUUUCGCCGGCCGAUACGGGUUGCUCGGUGGAGAGUCCCGCACCGGACCAUCAGCACGACCCCCACAGUUCGGAGGAGGAACUGGAAGUGAUAAAUAGUUCAAAACAGACGCGACCCGAUCGGACACCUCGGGCGGCGUCCGUCUGUCUGCCCGAAAAACGAAAAUGGUCUCAAAUAGGCGACUCUUACGCGCGAAGAUAUAGUCCCGAAAAUGAAGAGAAUAUGUCUCAUUACGGUAAUCUCACACCAUCGUCGCCAUGUUCCCCUUACGGUAAUAAACAUUACGGGGAUGAUGCCGUCCAUCUCGAGCAUUCCGGUUCUUCCGACGACGAAGUUCACCACCUCCUAGCAAGUAUGGCCACUCCAGUACAAUUUAGGACUUCGCCACCAUUGGAAGCGGUCAAGCCUGGUGGACGUAUUCUUAAUAGUAAAAUACGUUCGUUAAGCCCGCCGCCUAAACUAGUACAUUACGAAGUUUCCCCUAGAAAACGAUCUCGACAUACGCGACAUCUCCACCUUCAAAGGCCUUGUUUAGAUUUUGAAAAAAUGCAGCAGUUAAAAGCUCGUUCAGUGACGCCCUGGCGAAACAAUAGUGAUCACGGAGGUGAACUUUCUGUAUUUUGUUGGUGAGAAAAGCUAAAAGGGCGAUCGUCGUCGCCCUGCAACUUUCUUAACGGUCAUUGCGAAUUAGAAACGACACCGACUGCAGCAGUCGCGACACCAUCGCCGGCAACCGGAACGUCCCGUCACGCGAUCCUAACAACGUUAACGUCAGAUCAGUCGUCGUCCGAGUGAUGUUUGUUUGUCCAGUUUUCCUGCGCUUGAAGUGGGUUCGACACACGAAAAGCUGCGGUUUUUUUUUCCUCAAACGUUAAAACUACCGGUGGUCCAUGGUACAGUGAGUUUUGUAAUGCUUCGGGUAAAAAGUAUCGGUUGGAAUUUUUAAGUAAUAAUGUAAAUAUAUCUUUGAAAACUAAUCUACAAUCACCGUCAGUUCAAGGAAUUAUCAAUAUUCGACAAAAAAGUUGUUUUCAUUGUUCCCCACACAAUUUUUAAAAUUGCACAAAAUUAUCUAUGUCAAACACGCGUUUUUAUAUGAUGCGCAAUCAUUGUACUGCUUAACAUCUUUUUAAUAACGCUAAUAAAAUGUUAUUCUGUAUUAUGGUUGUUUGUUCUACCGUAACUGCGUAUAAUAACUUUAGAAGUCGAGAACGGCGUUUUAGGGCCGUUUGUCCAACUAUGUUAGCGUUUUAACAAUUUUUUGGCUUUUAUAAAUGUUUGUGUUAAGUACAUCAAAAUAAUUCUUAAAUGGUUUUUCUCUUGUAUAAGUAUAGAUAAGUGUUUUCCAGUAGUUUAGUUACCAUGAGUGUUUAGAAUGCCAUAAUUAUUGCCAUAUGCAGAAUAGCAGUCUUUAGUCAACCGACAACGCAUUAACAAUGAGCUGCCGAAAUUACUGCCCUUAAAUUUAAACGGGAAAACUGCUAUUGCUCCGUUUCGAAUUAACUUUUUUGUUUUGGUGAAAUCAAAAUUUAUAGUGGGAUGUCUUAAAUAUAUCGUAACAAUCUUUAUAUAAUAAUAUUCAUGUUGUUUAUUAGUAACUAUGAGUAGUUGCAUAUAAUAAUGUAGGACUUUUAACAAAUUGAAAGACUUAUUUUAAAUUGUGUGUGAGUGCGCGGUUUUUUACUAUACUGUGACUAUAUUUGUAUAUAAAAUAUUAUGUUCAAAUCUGUAACCAUUGUUAAUCGUUAUAGAUCUGAAUUUGUAAAUGACAAUAUUACGAGACGUGAUUUUAUGCCUAAUUUAUUCUAGAUAGGUAUAAUUUGUAAGCGAUAUAAUCGGCGAGAGUAACGACUUUUGUUCAAUUUUUUCACACUGGUCUUGCCUUCUUAAGCCGCUCUUGUUGAUUAUAUCGAAAACAUUUCACUCAGUAUAUAAUCACAGCAUAGUUUGUAUUAGAAUAUGUGCAAAAAAAACCUAUAUACAAAAAGUUUUUAUAUACGAUAUUGUAUAAAAUAUAUGAUGUAUGUUUGUUUAGUCGGAAGUAUUACAAUGUUUAUUUGUAAUUUUUAUAUGUAUGACACUGAGACCAGUGAUAUGUUUUAAGUAUUUUCACACUAAGAAAUACAGUGCAGUCCAGUCAUGCAUGAUUAUAAGAAGUCGUUAAUUUGACUCGUUUUGUGAUAUCAAUUUUAUUCUCGUCACAUAAAAACAAUGCAUUCUAUUGUGUUGGAUGAACAAGUCUGUUGAAUGAAUGUUUAUUUUGUGAGUAUUUCUAUUGUUUUUAUGUGGCUUGUACUGCACAUUAAAAUAAUUAGUUGCAAUAUAACUUUAAUUUUUUUUAAUUAACUAACAUCUAAUAAAUAUUUUUUAUCA